AUGGGUAAUGUCUUUGCUGCCAGUGGACCUGCCGGUGGAUCAUUUGCGGCGCCAGAUCCACCUCCACCUCCUGGGUUAGAGAAGAUGAAAAAAAUCCAAAUGAAUUUCCAAAUCCCGAUCUUCAUAAAAGAACGAGGGGUAAUUAUUGUUUAUGUCUUUCCUUUAAAUUUUGAUGGUGUAAAAUUUAUGGUGAACAAGGGCCUCAGUAAUCAUUUUCAAAUAUCCCAUACAAUACAUUUAAGUUCUGUUACACCAGCUGGUUACAGAUUUGGAGCAACUUACGUUGGAACUAAGCAUGUGGGUCCACAUGAAGCAUAUCCAAUUUUAUUAGGGGACAUUGAUCCUAGUGGAAACAUGAAUGCGAACAUUUUACACCAGUUAACAGAUAGAAUUAAAGUCAAAUUGGCUUGCCAAUUUUCAACAUUAAAAAAUAAGCCAAUAUCUGCAACUCAGCUGCAGACAGAUUUUAGAGGAAAUCAAUUUUCUUCUUCAUUUACAGUAGCCAAUUUAGACAUAGUAAAUGAGUCAGGUUUGGUAGUCGCCCAUUAUUUGCGAUCUGUAUCGAAAAAAGUUGCAUUGGGGGCUGAAUUGGCUUAUCAAUUUGGACCUCAUGUUCCUGGUAAUGAAAUUGCUUUGUUGUCUUUGGCUGGUCGUUAUGAUGGUGCUGAAAGUGCAUUUUCAGGUACUAUAGGUGCACAUGCUUUACAUCUUUGUUUUUACCAAAAAGCUUCAGAGCAAUUACAAUUAGGGUGUGAGUUAGAAACGAAUUUCAGGAUGGGAGAGUCUACUGCUACUAUAGGUUAUCAAAUAGAUCUACCUAAAGUAGAUCUAGUUUUCAGAGGAAUGAUUGAUUCAAACUGGAAUGUAGGUGGCGUUUUGGAAAAAAAAUUGGGGCCGUUACCAUUUACGUUUUCCCUUUCCGGGAUGGUUAAUCAUUAUAAACAAAACUUUCGUUUAGGAUGUGGUUUUGUUAUCGGAUAA